AUGAUUUGGCAAGCAAAAUCAUGGUCGAAGCUACUCGCCAACGAUCUCUUUCUCUCCAGCGACGAUUCUGAAGCGGAGGUGAAGCCGAAGGGGAAGUCGGAGGACAAGAAAAUGAAGAGAGAGCGAUCCGGCAAGUCGAGUGAAGGAUCUAGUUCGAAAAAGUCCAAACCAACUAUCUCCCCAAUUUCUCCGCCAGCAUGCGUUACGGCCAAUGAAUUAUUCGGUGACGAAGACGAUGACAAGAAUGAAUGUGUUAAGAGCUCUACCAAAACGGACAUGGAAUUGAGUGAUAUUAAUACUAGCUCAUCUACAAAGUUUGAAGAAUGCUACAAUCCAGAACCGAAUUCUGUGCAGUUCGUUAAAAAGUCUCCCCAGACGGAAUUAUUAGAAGAUUUAGAAAUAUCAUUAGAGGGUCAUGAUAUCCAUGAUAUUUAUGAAGGGGUUGAUUUGUAUAGGGAGAUCACAUUCCGUAACUCCGGACAGACGUACAAGGGUGUUCCUGUCAUGGCUAGCAAUAUGGACACCGUAGGCACGUUUGAAAUGGCACGGGAACUCUCUAAGCACGGGCUAUUUACCUGCAUACACAAGUACUACAGCAUUGACGAGUGGAAGAAGUUCGCUGAACAGCAUCCAGAAUGCUUAGAACAGAUGGCUGCCAGCUCUGGCACAGCAGAAGCGGACUUCGAGCGGCUGACAGAGAUCCUAAACACCAUAAAAGACCUGAAGUUCAUAUGCUUAGACGUGGCUAAUGGAUAUUCGCAACACUUUGUUGAAUACGUGAGAAAAGUUCGAGCUGCCUUCCCAACCCAUACUAUCAUUGCCGGAAAUGUAGUGACCGGUGAAAUGGUAGAAGAAUUAAUUUUGUCCGGAGCUGACAUUAUUAAGGUGGGAAUAGGACCAGGAUCAGUGUGCACUACUCGCAUCAAAACCGGUGUGGGCUACCCACAGCUGUCUGCUGUCAUAGAGUGCGCAGACGCAGCGCACGGUCUUAAAGGACAUAUAAUAUCGGAUGGUGGAUGUACUUGCCCUGGUGACGUAGCGAAAGCAUUUGGAGCUGGUGCCGACUUCGUGAUGGCUGGUGGAAUGUUCGCCGGUCACGACCAAUGUGGUGGCGAUGUCGUCACCACUGCUGACGGGAGGAAAGUUAAGCUGUUCUACGGCAUGUCCUCGUCAACUGCCAUGCAGAAACAUUCUGGUGGAAUCGCCGAGUACCGGUCUUCGGAAGGUAAAACCGUAGAAGUGGAAUAUCGAGGUGAUGUAGGGGCUACAGUCAAGGACAUUCUAGGCGGACUGAGGUCUGCCUGUACCUACGUAGGAGCCGCCCACUUACGCGAGCUCCCAAGAAGAGCGACCUUCAUAAGAUGCUGCAGACAAGUCAACGACACUUUCUCCUAAAUAGAACAAAUUCAAAUCUUACUAUGAUAGUCGAAACCGAUUGCGAUAGUAAGAUCUAAAUAAGAUAGUGCGAUUAUGGGAUAGUGAUGUCUUGCUUUGAUAGUCGAAUCUGAAAGCGAUAGUGGAAUCUUACUGUGAUAGUGAGAUCUAUUUGGGAUAGUUU